CAUGCGUAGUAGUAGUGAGUGUAACGGCUCGGCAGGCUACCGACACUGAAUGAGAAAAGCACUGAUUUAAACUCCAUAAAAAUGAUGAAAUUCUUACCUAAACUACUGCUGCUAUUGCUGCUAGCCUUCCCGGCGACUUUCCUCAUCAAAGGGCCGGCGGUGAGCGCUCAGGAUCUGACUGAGGAUGAGGAGGCCGAGGCCGUGGAUGAAGACGUGGUGGACGACGUGACGGCCGAGGAUGAGGACGAUGAAGCCGAGGUGGAAGACGACGAAAACACGGAACUGACGGAAGAAAAAGAAGAAGAAGAAGAAGAAGCGUUGGUAGGAGAGGUGAAGGCUUCUCCCAACGCUGACACCACCAUCCUGUUCGUUAAAGGAGACACUUUUCCGGCCAACAACAUCGUGAAGUUCUGCUCGGCUUCACCAACAAAGGAGCGGGAGAACUUCGUGGUGGAGUCUCUGGACGCUUCUUUCCGUUACCCACAGGAUUAUCAGUUCUUCAUCCAGAACUUCACGGCUCUGCAGCUCGGCAGUGUUCCUCCCAGCAAACAGGCGACCUUCGAGUAUUCCUUCAUCCCCGCCGAGCCGAUGGGAGGAAGACCCUUCGGACUCGUCAUCAACCUCAACUACAAGGACGGCAACGGAAACAUUUUCCAGGAUGCAGUUUUCAACCAGACGGUGACGAUCACUGAGAGAGAGGACGGACUGGACGGAGAGAUCUUCAUGUACGUCUUCCUCUCAGGUCUCGUGCUGGUCGUCGUUGGUCUUCACCAGCUGAUGGAGUCCAGAAAGAGGAGGCGUCCGGCUCCUAAAGUAGAAAUGGGAACUUCGAGCCACAACGACGUCGACCUGAGCUGGAUCCCUCAGGAGACGCUGAACCAGAUCAUGCAGAGUCGUAGAGGUGAGGUCUGCUUCCUGUCUCCGUGUGUUUCAAAUCUUCCAUCUUUAUUAUUAUUAUUAUAAUGAAUCUAUAAAUGUGUGUUCAUGGUGCAGAUGCUCUGAUUUAAACUCAACAUGAGUCUUUAAUGUUUGAUAAGUAUGUUUUAAACUCUUCAGAGCAUCUUUGCCUCAUGAUGAAAUCUGAUUAAAUGAAUAUAAAUAUGAAGUUUAAACAUUUUAAAGCUGAUUUAUUUGCAUGUAGACUCAGUUUGAUGUUUUAAAUGAUUGAUUAAUGAAGCGUCAGCCUGUCAAAAUGAUUUUUAAAUGAUUAUAAAUGUUAAAAAUUGUGAUUUAAUUUUUAAUUAAGUGCAAAUUUACACGUUAACAACACAAAUAAUUAAUCAAUAAGUUUAAUUUUUCCUCCUGAAAUCAGAAUCUGAGCUGAUAAUAAAUUAAUAAACUCUUUAAAUCUUUAUUAAAACACCUGAAUGAUGUUUUAUAAUCCAGCUCUGAUAUAAAUUCUACUUUUUAAUGAAGUUAUAAAUGUUCAGUUUUUGUUGACUUGGUCAGAAAUAUGAUGAUUUAUAUUUAUAUUUAUAUUAUUAUAAUUAUGUUUG